AUGCAAAAUUCUCGAUCACUUUUCCCGCCAGGUUCCUCGUCCUCGCUCACCUUUCGUCACAACGCCAACAACAACGGUCCCGCAACGCCCACGCGUGUCGUGUCUCCCGCAGUCGGUCGCGAAAACACACUCGGAUUGGACGAACAAGACGAAAAUGCACCACCUGACCCGUCAAAGGGCGUCGAGGAUGAGAUUCCACAGGGCAGAAUGAUCGGGGCGUUUAGCAGACUCUCUACUCUGACAGCCACCCCAGCACAGAGCCCCCAGAGGCAGUUUCAACCGCUCCAUGACUCACGGGCCGGUUCAGUUCUGGCCCAGAGCGUGCCUGGGACACCAACAGCAGGUGCUGGUACGUAG